AAAAUGGUAAUGAGUAUUCUGGAAAAGUGUUCAGUUUAAUGUCAGACAUUUUAUAGUAAAGUUAUUCAAAGAUAUGUUUAAAUUAAUUUUCUUUUGUUCAUUUAUGGGAUUUCAAAUUGCAUUUUCUCAAGACCUACAUCUGUCGGAUGAUAUGCAAUUCAAGCAAAAUUUCAAUGAAGAGAAAAAUAUUUAUGGAGUUGUUCAAGAAGGAUUUAAAAGUGAUGAAGAGGACUUGAAUAUUGCACAAAGUGCGAUCAAUUUAAGAGUCAAACGUCAAGAUGAAGAAGAAGAAACGGAUGCAGGUGAAAAUGAGAUGGAGGGUGAAGAGGGGGGAGAAGAAGAAGAAGAAACUGCUACAACUGAGAAGACAACAAGAGAUGGAUCCAGACGAAGAGGGCGAAAAGGGGAAGGUAAAGGUAAAGGCAAAAAUAGAGGAAGAGGGAAAGGAAAAGGAAGAAAUGGACAACGCAAGAAAACAAGAGGAAACGGAUCAGUGACAAGAAGCAAUUCACCACAACGCCGUCAAAAUGGCAGAGCCCGUACAUCUAAAGUCAAAAAAACAGUCAACUUUCCUAGAUAAGCAAAAACUUUGAUGUACCCUUCAAACUAUUUGAAGAACUUAAUAUGAUUGAGAAAACUAUAAAUUUUCUUCCAUCCAAAUAA